CAUUUAGCCCUAUCUAGUAGAACAAUUGAAAUAUCCACCCGUUCAAAGCAUUUUAACACGAAGGGGCUUCACAAAAGUGAAAAUAAACUAAUCGAAAACUCUUUUUAUAAUGGCAAACUCUCUAUCUUUCACUUCUGUUUGUUCCUUCAACACUUGCAAUAAGCCGGGGAUAAUUAUUGAUAAUUCUUUUCCGAGGAAGGUUCUUGUGGUAAAUGAAGUGUUUAAGAGCUCCAGGAGUGCCAGAAUGUGUUCUUUAGAGGCUAAGGCUGCUGAAAAGAAUCAAAGUACUAAACCAACUAGCAUCGUUUGUGCUGAUUGCAAAGGAAAUGGUGCAAAACAAUGUACUCAAUGCAAAGGAACUGGGGUUAAUUCAGUUGAUCACUUCAAUGGACAAUUUAAAGCUGGUGGGCUGUGUUGGCUUUGCAGGGGGAAAAGGGAGAUUUUAUGUGGGAAUUGUAAUGGAGCUGGCUUUACUGGUGGAUUUAUGAGCACCUUGGAUGACUGAUAUAAAAGCUACAAUUUUGUCUCACCAAAGGAGAUUUACCAUAACAAGCUUUUGUAAUCUCGUCCUGUUUCUUGGAUUAACAGUACAUUUGCUUCACUCAUGUUGUGUUUUUGGCAUGCACAAGUUUGUUAUAUACUUAGCCAAAAAAAAGGGGAGAACCUUUUUUUUGUUCUUUA